AUGGAGCAGUUCAAACCCCUAGUACUUCACAUUCAUAGAUUUUAUGAGGAUCAUUUGAAGCUUAAUGUUGAAAAGAACAUCCCCAUCCUUUUAGCGGAUGUAAAGGAGCUUAACAGAGUUUCAUCUGAGAAGAAGAGAAACCCAUUUAUUCUUGGAACCACUGUAACUCCUGCGGUUGCGGGUGCGGGUGUUAUAACAACGGUUAAAAGGCUUUGGCGCAUAGGGAAUAGUGUAAAAGUGGAUCGAGAGCAGAAGCGGCUAACGAGCAACAAAGUGGUGGCAAUCCUACUUGCAUUUGGAUUGUCCAAAGUGAAGGAGAUGCAUGGAUUAUCUGCAGUUAGGAACUGGGUCAUUAAGUUGAAUAGUUUGUCGGUCACGUACAUCUGCUGGUACAAGCGUUUAGAGUACGAAGUUGAAGAAGGUAUGUGUGAGCUGGCUUCGUAUGAGUGGCUGAAGUGCUGGAGUCCACACGAUCCUUCUUACACCACCGAGCAGACUCAAUUUGCCAGAACUCUUCACGAGUUUGAGUUACUAACCAUUGAACAACGGUCAAAUGAGAUGGGCAACGGAUUUAGAGCGGCUAAGCACGCAGUUGAAAAAUAUGGCUUUCAAAAUACAUUGAACCAUAUUGCUCGAACGGGAAAGUUUCCGCCGCAGUGA